UGUGAAAUUGUUAGCUGUCCGUCCACAACAACAACAACAACCGCACCAGCAACGACAUCCGAUUCGAUUGUUACUCCUGCCACCAACCACAUCAUUGAUGCGCAAAAGCAACCGGCAUUCACCCAGCACUCGCCGACCUCACAGUCAAUCUCAUACAGCCACAAGACUCAACGCAUCACAUCACCUCCCCAUCCUUGCACUGGACCCAGAAGCACACACACACACACAAACAGGAACACAGGUCAUGUUGCCGCGUCCUCUGUUCGUGGCUCGCCGCGCCAUGUCACAGCUCUCCGAGCUGACGCAGGUCGGGAAGCUGACAAACAAGCAGCCCUCUACCAUGACAUACAGCCCAGGACAGUUCUUCCUCCACUCCUCACUCGGGUACCGAGGCGUCGUCGUCAUGCCUUUUGAAAGCAUCCUGCACAACUAUCCUCCAUCAUCGUGGCCGGACGAAGAGAAGAAGAAGCUGCUGACGCCCGUGGAGGCUUCGCGCCCGUCCAAGUCGACCUUCUAUCAGGUCCUGACCGACGCCGAGGACUCGCGGCAGCACAAGCGCAUCGGGCUUGGCACGCAGACGUGGACACCGCACCAGGGGGUGGUGCAGAGCCUGGACCUCGUGUCGCACGACGAAAUUAUGCCGUACAUCCCAACACGACAGCCCGGCAGCUCGGCAGAGCACGUGCUGGACAACCCGCUGUUUGACACGCUGUUUGCAGUGAAGCCGCUCAGCGAGCGAAACAGCAGCGGUGGUAGCAGUGCUGGUGCUGAUGCUGGUGCUGGUGCUGCCGGUGUGGACAGCAGCAUGGUGUCGGCGGUGCCAACAGCCGGACACGAGCGGUGGCUGAAGAUGAUGACCCCAUCCUUUGCAAACAGGCGCUCGUACUCGUGCACCACACACGAUGUGCAAGUCACUAUUUUGCCAUUCUUCGACGCCAUGCGCCCCCACGACAACUCCAACUCCGCCUCCUCGCACAAGGCAUAUUCCUGGUACUACAAGGCGAUUAUCCAGUACUUUGGAAGCGGCGCUGUGCAACUCAUGUCAAAGUGGUGGCAGGCAAUCGACGCAAAGGGUCAUCGCGAUUUCUUCCGCGGGCGCGGGAUUCUGCGCCAAUUCCCCGUCUUGACGCCCGAAGAGCCGACAUUCCAGUUCACGGGACACGUCUCGCUCGCCACGGACAGGGGACUCAUGGGGGGCUCGUUCACAUUUGUUCCCGUCGUUGGUCCGAGCGACCCGCGACCUGCGCCGCUGCUGGUGGACGUGCCGACCUUUGAGCUGGAGCGAGACGACACAACAGACAGCACCCUCACUCAGCAGUACUGAUGCUGCUGUCAUUGUGAUGGUGAUGACGGGUGCUCAUGUGUUGGUGAUGCCAGUUGAAACACACGCCCAUGAUGUGAUGGCGCGUGGAAAGAAGUGGUGGUGGUCUUCUUCCUUUGUACAAAACACAUGCCACGCUGUGCCUUGAUCAUUUGAUCGCCAACAGCAUUCUUUCAUGUUGAUGUUGGUCGUUCCACUUUCUUCUUGAGUGCACUUAAUGGCGGCUUAACUGCGUGCUCACACAAGUCUCGCCUUUCUUUGUCUUAUCUGCCAAUUGAAUCACACCCAACCUCUGUCACGUCGUGCGUGCCAUGCUUUCCACCCCCCUCAUGCUGACCCUCUCGUGUUAUUUUUUUCAACAAUGGUGGUGUGCGCUUGGCUCAAGCACGUCUGGCGCACACACAUGUGCAAGUUUGCAAGUCUUCCAUGUGCCGUAUACACUUGGUU